AGAAAUUAAGAAAAAAAUCUCCUUAGAAAUUUGAAGUCAUUGACAUUCAGCCAACCUAACUCAGUCAAGAGUCAUCCCUGAUAAUGACCUUGGCUCCUAUCUUUCACCAUACACCUGUUUUUAUUUUCACACCUGAACUCUGUUCCAACAAUGGAGAAAACAAUUUAUGCAAGCAUCUCUAUAUAUAAGAACUUCUCCAUCUAUUACCGCUACUUAUUUUAUUAUUCUUCAUCUUGAUUUGAUGAUUUGAUCACCUUCGAUCAUGAUCAUAAAACACAUAAUUAAAUCAUUUCUUGUUCUUUACGUUAUCACUAUGCACAUAAAACCAGGUCUUGGAGAUUCUCUUGUUCGGUGCAGAGCGAGCGAGAGGCGAGCGCUUCUCGAGAUUAAGGAGAAUCUUCUAGACGAGUACGGCCGUCUCUCUUCUUGGCGGAGUGAAGAAGAAGAUUGCUGCAAAUGGAGAGGUGUACGGUGCAGCAACCAAACAGGUCAUAUUACUUUGCUUGAUCUUCACGCUACCGAUGAUAAUAAGCUUUUGAGAGGUAAGCUUAGCCUCUCGUUGCUUGAAUUACGACACCUUAAUUAUUUAGAUUUGAGUCGUAAUGAUUUUUUGGGAACUACAAUCCCUGAAUUUAAUGGUUUGCUGUCCGAAUUGCAAUAUCUGAAUAUCUCAAAUGCUGGAUUCUCCGGAACCCUAGCUUUUCAGCUAAGGAACUUGUCGAAUUUGCAGUUUCUUGAUCUCAGUGAUAAUCAGUUAAAAGGCUCCAUUUCAUAUGGAUUAUUACAGGCAAAUAUACCUCUUGUGCAUCUUAAUCUCUCAAAUAAUCAGUUGGAAAGUGAAAGUUUAGGUUUUAUAGGGAGUUUCUGUGGCUUGCAUACACUAGACCUGUCUGCCAACAAUAUCAGCGGAUCUCUUCCCGAGUUUUUCGAACAUUUGUCUAGGUGCGCGAAGAACUCGCUGGAGAUUCUGAGAUUAGAUAUGAAUAAAUUUUAUGGUUUGUUACCUGAUUUCACUACCUUUUCUUCCUUGAAAGAACUGGUUGUCUAUGAUAAUCAACUGACCGGUUCUUUUCCGAAGAGAUUCGGUCAGCUUUCUCAUCUUGUAGAGUUGGAUGUAGGUUACAAUCAUUUGGAAGGGUCAUUGCCUGAUUUUUCAAUGCUUCCAUCAUUGAAGAAAUUAAGUGUUGUUCAUAAUAAAUUAAAUGGGACUAUUACUGAAAGUAUUGGAAACUUGUCUAACCUUGAGAUUUUGUGGGUUUCUCAUAAUCAUUUCCAAGGUGUGGUUACUGAGGCUCAUUUUUUGAAACUCUCCCGGUUGAAGCAAAUAUAUUUGAAUUACAACCCUCUGGCUCUGAAAUUCAAAUCUGAUUGGGUUCCUCCUUUCAAGUUGGAUAUAAUAGGUCUCAGGUCUAUCAAUUUGGGGCCUCGUUUCCCCGGGUGGUUAAGAACUCAGAGUAACUAUAUGGUGCUUGAUAUAGCAAACGGUGGAAUUUCAGAUUCUGUUCCUCAGUGGUUUUGGAACCUGUCGCGCACAAUAUUUUAUCUGAAUAUCUCUAACAACCUGUUGAGUGGCGUAGUUCCGGACUUGUCGUUGAAAUUUGUUGCUAGUCCAGGUAUGGAUUUAAGUUCAAACCUGUUUGAAGGCUCUUUGCCGUUACUUCCUUCCAAUGCUUCUUCUUUGAAUCUUUCCAAGAAUAAAUUUGUGGGCUCUAUUUCAUCUGUUUGUAAAGUAAUAGGUAGGGAGUUAAAUUUCCUUGACCUUUCAGAUAACUUGUUAACCGGAGAAGUUCCUGAUGAUUGUUUCAGGAAUGGGCAUCAGCUACUUAUCUUGAACUUAGCUGCCAAUAACUUGUCAGGAAAAAUCCCAGCCUCGGUGGGAUCUUUAUCCGUGCUUCAAUCAUUUGUGUUACAAAAUAAUAGUUUUUCCGGAGGAAUACCAUCAUCGUUAAAGAAUUGCAGUUGGUUGAGAUUUUUGGAUCUUGGUUAUAAUAGAUUAUCUGGUGGAAUACCUUUAUGGAUUGGAGAAAGGCAGGUUUUACUGGUGUUUCUGAGUUUACAAUCUAAUGAAUUCAAUGGAAGCAUACCGGUUCAGCUGUGUUGGCUACAAAAUAUUCAUCUGUUAGACCUCUCUGUUAACAAUAUUUCAGGAACAAUACCACACUGUUUCAAGAAUUUCACUGCUAUGACUAGAGAAAACUUGGUAAACAAUAACCUUUACAAUCACAAUUUUUCGUCAUCUACCGGCGAAGGUAUUUUUUUUGGAGGAAUAUAUGUCGAUAAGGCGCUAAUUGGAUGGAAAGGAACAGCAUAUGAGUAUCAGAAGAAUCUUCAGCUGUUAAGGAUCAUCAAUCUCGCCGGAAACAAACUAUCCGGAGAAAUUCCACAGGAAAUAACAAGUCUUACAGGACUAGUUGGAUUGAACUUGUCAAGAAAUGGUUUAACCGGGAUGAUUCCUGAAGAUAUUGGCGAAUUGAACUACUUGCAAUGGUUUGAUCUAUCAAGAAAUGGUUUAUCAGGUGAAAUUCCUGUCAGCAUGGCUAAGCAGACUUUUCUAGGAUACAUAGACAUUGCGCACAAUAAUUUGUCAGGGAGAAUUCCGAGAAGCACGCAACUUCAAAGCUUUAAUGCUUCUGUUUUUGCCGGUAAUGUAGAACUCUGUGGGCUACCAGUGACUCGAAAAUGUCCUGAAGAUGACAAGACUUUUCAAGACAGACCAGCCAACGAUGACUCCCAAAACAAGGAUGAAGACGACGACGAUGAAUUCUGGAAAUGGUUUUAUUGGGGUUUGGCAUCUGGUUGGAGUGUAGGAUUUGGGGGAGUUGUAGGCAUUUUGGCGAUGCUACCUUCGUGGAGACAUUCCUCUGUCCAGUUCGCGGAAAGAGCAAGGGACUGGUUCUACGUCAAGGUAAGAAUUAAGGCCAGAGUACAUCCUAGAAUCUAGGAACCGUGAUUGAUAUUCCUUCUCUAGUUUAACUCUAGUUCUAGUUGGUCUCUCUGUCUGUAUUUAUGCUGACAGUCUCUGUAUCAUUUAAUUAGAAGUCUAAAUUCAGUUCUCUCAGAAGGAAGUCUUUGAUGUAAGGCAAUUGAAUCAGGCUAUAAAACUCUUCGUAAAAUCUCAUUAAAUGC